CCCGGGGCGGAUGGCUCGGGCCGCCCGGCUUCGCGGCGCCGCCCAGCGCGCCUUCCUGCUGUCGCUGCUGCUGCUGCUGCUCCUGCCGCGGCCGCUGCUGGCCCGGGCCCCGCGGCCGCCGGAUGCCCACCGCUACCACCCCGUGAGGAGGGGGCUGAAACCCUGGCAUGAAGCUCCUCAAAGCAGCCUGGCGCCUGCCCCUGCUGCCCAGAAGGUCCCCCAGCCUGCCAGAGGCCCCCGACCUCUCCGCUGCGGCGUACCUGACCCGCCCGAGGGGCUGAAUGCCCGCAACCGACAAAAGCGGUUCGUGCUAUCAGGCGGGCGCUGGGAAAAGACGGACCUUACCUACAGGAUCCUUCGGUUCCCGUGGCAGCUGGUGCGGGAGCAAGUGAGGCAGACAGUGGCAGAAGCCCUACAGGUAUGGAGUGAAGUGACACCACUCACCUUCACUGAGGUGCACGAGGGCCACGCUGACAUCACGAUUGACUUCACCAGGUACUGGCAUGGGGACAACUUGCCAUUUGAUGGACCUGGGGGCAUCCUGGCCCACGCCUUCUUUCCUAAGACCCACCGAGAAGGGGAUGUCCACUUCGACUAUGAUGAGACCUGGACUAUUGGGGACGACCACGGUACAGACCUCCUGCAGGUGGCAGCCCAUGAAUUUGGCCAUGCGCUCGGGCUACAGCACACCACGGCUGCAAAGGCCCUUAUGUCUCCUUUCUACACCUUCCGCUACCCGCCAAGCCUCAGCCCAGAUGACCGAAGGGGCAUUCAGCACCUAUAUGGCCGGCCCCGGCCGGCCCCCUCUUCUAAGCCCCCAGCCCUGGACCCCCAGGCUGGAGUGGACACCAACGAGAUUGCACCACUGGAGCCGGAAGCCCCACCAGAUGCCUGCGAGAUCUCCUUUGAUGCGGUCUCCACCAUCCGUGGGGAGCUCUUCUUCUUCAAGGCGGGCUUUGUGUGGCGGCUACGCGGGGGCCGGCUGCAGCCUGGCUACCCUGCGCUGGCCUCUCGCCACUGGCAGGGACUCCCCAGCCCCGUUGAUGCAGCCUUCGAGGAUGCCCAGGGCCACAUCUGGUUCUUCAAGGGCGCUCAGUACUGGGUGUACGAUGGUGAGAAGCCAGUCCUGGGGCCCGCCUCCCUCUCUGAGCUGGGCCUGCCAGGGUCCCCGGUCCACGCAGCCUUGGUCUGGGGCCCUGAGAAGAACAAGAUCUACUUCUUCCGAGGCGGAGACUACUGGCGCUUCCACCCCAGCACCCGCCGUGUGGACAGCCCCGUGCCCCGCCGGGCAACCGAUUGGCGAGGGGUACCCCCUGAGAUUGACGCCGCCUUCCAGGAUGCUGACGGUUACGCCUACUUCCUGCGUGGCCUCCUCUACUGGAAGUUUGACCCAGUGAAGGUGAAGGCCCUGGAGGGCUUUCCCCGCCUCGUGGGCCCCGACUUCUUUGGCUGUACAGAGCCUGCCAACACUUUCCACUAACCACUGCUUGGAUGCCCUCAGGGCCCCUCACCCCUGCCAGGCCACUGACGUUGCCUAGAGACCCAUGGCCAUCUUUGUGGCUGUGAGCACCAGGCAUAGGACAGAGCCUGUGGCUCCUCAGGGGGGUGGGGAGGGGUGGCUCCCACCAUGACAAGUGCAGGAAGGGCCACGCAGGUCGUGGUCACCUGCCAGCAACUGUCUCAGACUGAGCAGGGAGGCUUUGGCAUCAAGGGUGAGGGUGGUCUUGGACCGGUUCCACCCUACCUGUGCAGGUCACGGUCAAACCCGGCUGCCUUCGCUCUCCAUCUUCGUCCCUCAGGAAAGGACCUCAGCAGGGCUGAGGGAGCUGGAGCCCUUGCUCUGUCCCUGAUAUGAGGUCCCUGCAGGGUGCUGGCACAUGGAUCCCGGGGCCACGUAGCCUUCUGCCCUUCCCUGAGAAGUCAUUUCUGGGUAGGUGCUUGGAACUGGCUGCCUUCAGUUGGUGAUCCUGGAGAUCUGUUCCCCAAGAUCCAGGCCAGAAGGUCUAGAGUCAUCUGGGGACAGGGGUGCUCACUGCUGGAGACCCAGGGCCCUGGAGGCCCCAACAUACCUCAAUCCUGUCAUGGGCCGAAUCCUCUCCAGCCUUCAUCCCAGCACUGAGACCCUCCAAAGCCAUGUAAAUGUGUGUACAGUGUGUACAAAGCAUUUUCUUUCUUUUUUUUUUUUACGGAGAACUGUCAUUAAACAGUCAUU